GUUCAUGUUCUAACAAGGGAGAUGGUGCAUAUGGGAAUGGUGAUGCUUAAAUAUCUACCAAUGUCUUUGGUUGAUAAUGUGAUUGUGAAUUAUGCAAAGAUGAAAUUUGGAAAUUUGGCAAAAUUUGGAAUACCACAACCACAAGAAGGCCCAUUUUAUGUUAAGGUCUCAAAAGGUUCCUCCCCAGUAAUUGAUGUUGGUGCCAUUGACAAGAUUAAAAUUGGAGAGAUUAAGGUACUUCCUGGAAUAUCAGAAAUAAAGGAACAUACGGUAGUGUUUGCCAAUGGAGAAGAACAUCAAUUUGAUGCAAUUUUUUUUGCUACUGGUUACAAGAAUGUUGCUACAAAAUGGCUAAAGGAUUAUAGCUCUAUAUUUCAUGAUGAUGGAACAUUGAUAAAUGAAUUUCCAAAUCAUUAUAAAGGAGAGAAUGGUCUUUACUGU